AUGUCUGGGCCAGGGCUUGGGCAGCUGGCGCGCACGCUGCAGGGGCAGUGGGGCGACGACGUGGGCCUGCGGAUCCACGUGAGCGGCCUCGAGGCCUCCUUCAGCGACGCGCCCGAGGAAGUAUUCCCCCUGCUCGAGCGCAGCGGCGGCCUCGUCCUGCGCGGCGGCCGGCUCGGGGGCACGGCGCUGCUGCCCGCGUGGAGGUUCCCCAACGGGGCCAGGAGGAGGUGGGCCCGGUGGGUCCCGGACGGCGUGGGCGACCUGCGGUGGCUGGAAGCGUUCGAGUCCUACAAGGCCCAGCGCUCGCGUGUCUGGGAGCGGAUCGCCGCCGCGACGGCGGCCUUCCGCUUCGAGGAGCGCGGCUCGCUGCUCGCGGCAUGGCGCGACGGCGACGCCGACCUGCUGGGCACGGUGCCGGGCGAGCUCGCGGAGCGGCUGCUGCGCGGGCGCUGGCUCGUCCCCGGGGCGUGCGCGGUGCACGCGGCGCAUGGCCACCGCGUCGUCGUCCUGAGCUGCGAGCCGUGGUGCCCCGCCCCCGCGGCGUGGCGCGCCAGGCACGGUGCCGCCGAGCUGCCGCGGGGGGAGGCGCAGCCGUUCUGCCUGUGCCUGGUCGACGAGCGGGACCAGCCUGGCGGGCGCGUGGCCCUGGUGGCCGAGGAGCGGCUGGGUCCCACGGACACCGCCUUCCCGCUGGCGGGCCACUUCGUGGAGCGGCUGUUCGCCCGCUGCGACCUGCUGGGGGGCUACCUGCCCACCGACCGGCUGGACCGGGCCCUCGAGCGGCUCCGGCUGCGAGCCUGGAGCUUCGGCGCCUGA